CAGCAACUUGUUUUAAAGCAUGGAAAAGCAAAGAGGUUAAUUAUAAGCUUAAGCAGCCUACACAGAAGAUAUUAUUGUCGUACAUUUUAGAGGUUGAUCCUUGAUUGAAGAGAAAUGGCUCAAACAAACAUUAGCAGCAGGUGGUCUUUACAAGGGAUGACAGCUCUCGUCACCGGUGGAUCCAAAGGAAUCGGAUAUGCUAUCGUGGAGGAGUUGGCACAGCUUGGGGCCAUUGUACACACUUGCUCUCGGAACGAAACUCAACUCAAAGAAUCCUUGCAUGAAUGGGCCACAAAAGGAUACAAAGUUACUGGUUCGGUCUGUGACGUGGCAUCUCCUGCAGACAGAGAGAAUCUCAUAACUAGAAUCUCCUCCGAGUUUAAUGGCAAACUCAAUAUCCUUGUAAACAACGUGGGAACAAACAUAUGGAAAGAUCUGCUGGAUUACACAGAGGAAGAUUUCUCAUUUGUGGUGAAUACGAAUUUGCAAUCUGCUUUCCACCUAAGCCAGCUAGCACAUCCUCUCCUAAAAGCUUCCGAAGCUGCAAGCAUCGUUUUCAUAUCCUCCAUAGGUGGUGUGGUAUCAAUAAAUUUAGGAUCCGCUGUAUACAGUGCAACAAAAGGAGCCAUGAACCAACUGACAAAAAAUUUGGCAUGUGAAUGGGCCAAAGACAACAUAAGGACUAACUGCGUUGCACCGGGAGUAAUCAAAACCCCUGCAGCUACCGAGUUUCUGAAAGAGGAAAAAAUUGUUGAUGCUUACAUUCCACGAACUCCUCUUGGACGGUUUGGAGAGGGAGAGGAGGUGGCUUCGUUGGUGGCGUUUCUGUGCUUACCUGCAGCCUCUUACAUAACAGGACAGACCAUUUGUGUUGAUGGCGGCUUCACUGUCAAUGGCCUCUAUAUAAGCUAGGCUUCACUCUUUUACUUAGUAAUUAGUAUAUCAAUAUCUAGAAUAAAGUUAAUAAAAGAGUGUACUCUCCUACCUAGUUUCAAUUUGUAUCGUACGUUAAUUAGGAUGGUUGAGGGUUCCUGUUAAAAAACAUUGCUUGAAAUUGCAUUUGUCAGCUCCCGUCUUUAUAAUCUCCUUAACUUUGUAUGAAAUUUCAAUACUCCCAAAAUUUUAGCA